AUGGCUCUCAACCACCAAAUCGCGCCUCGGAAAAUGCAUCUCCUUCGGCCUCACGCCCCCUCAAACCGCCUCUCUCGCCCCCAUCCUACGCAUCCUAGCCACAGAAUGGCGGUCCCUAGUCGCUGGCCGCGAAGGGUUUCUCGUGGACCCGAAACGCGCCGGGGUCAUGUGAAUAACGUGAUGUACGUGCGAUAUGCGGAGAGUGCGCGGGUGGGCUGGGUGCGGAAUUUCGGUGUGCACUUUGAUAAAGGGAGUGCGGGGCGCUGGGAGGAGUUGUGUAGUUCGAGGGGGACGGGGAUGAUUUUGAAGAGUAUUAGGGUGGAUUAUAAGUUUCCCAUGACAUACCCCGAUCAAAUCUCCGUGUUCCAUAAACUGCGCGAGAUGCCCUCGGACGACUCGUCUAGUUUCCUGCUUGAUGUCAUGAUUAUGUCCGAGUCGAAACAGAGACCGGCUGCGAGGUGUGAGGAGGAUAUCGUGGUUUAUGAUUAUAAGCUUGGGAAGAAGGUGGCGGUUAGGCCGUUUAUGAUGGAGGGCUUUAGACGGACGUGGGAGGAGCAGGAGAGGGAGAAGAAGAGGGUUGUCAAGAGGAUUCAGGAGAUUGAGGAGGCGGUGAGGAAGUUGGAGAAGGAGAGUUGGGAUCGCGAGGGGGCGGUGGAGGAUAUGGGGGGAGUGUAG